GCAGGGCAGCAUUGUUAUCCUGAGGCGCUCAUCUGGUGUCUGAGUCUGCAGGUGACACCGCUUCAGUAAGGAGCGCGGAGUCGGAGCGGGCACGCGCCGGGCUGCAGCCUGGGACGGAAUCCGCCAGCCUCGCCAGCUGCUAGGCUCCUCGGGCAGCGCCUCCGCGGAACGCAGAGGACCCCGAAAGGACUUGUCCGGGGAAAUGCACCUGCCGUUCGCGCCGAGGGCACCGACAGGUCUGCAGGCAGACGAGGAAACAGGAAAGCCGGGGGAACCGUCUUUGCCCGGGUACCAGGCUCCGGUUUCGGAUCACAGAGGGGGCGAGUGAGCCUCCUUAGAGUUAGAAGGAAGGCAAGAUCUUGGGUUUCGCCUCGGUGGGGUGACAAGAAGGGACUGCCCUGUUGGGCUGCCACUUUCCUCCGCUCUGCCACCCCGUGCGCACCCGGCCCAGCGCCGAAGCCUCACUCCCGAGAUGCUCGGGCCGACCAGGCUGCACGCUGCUCCGCGGGAAGGCAGCAGGCGAGAGAUCUAACGGGCGGCGAGGGCGGCAGCGGCAGCAGAGCCCAGAGCUAGGGAAUUUGAAAAGAGACAUCCGCUCCCUCUCACGCGCGGAGGGGGAGGCAUUCGCGUUUCCCCAAAUGAGGAAGAGCCACAAGAAAUCAUGAAGUAAAAAACUUUGGAAACCUGCCACCGGAGAUGUUGCACAAAAACCUGGAAUGUUUUAGGAAGCUCCUUCCGGUAGUUGGAGGUUGGAGGAGCAGCUGAUACACAGGAGGGCUCUUACAAGGAUUCAAGUUCCAGAGUCCUGGAGGAGCAGCACGGAGGCAGAGAGCGUGGCAAGAGAAUGAAGAAACCAACUGCCUGGGGGAAGCAUGAGGUGGCAGUGUGGCACUUGGCUUAGAGGGCUUCAGCUGGCAGCGGCCCCAUGGGCAGCCCUGCUGGCACUGGCCCUGCCCGGCUGGGUGCUGGCUGUCUCAGCCACUGUGGCCGCUGCAGUGGUUCCUGAGCAGCAUGCCUCCUCAGCUGGCCAGCCGCCCCUGGACUGGCUGCUCACAGACCGGGGCCCCUUCCACCGCGCUCAGGAGUAUGCUGACUUCAUGGAGCGGUACCGCCAGGGGUUCACCACCAGGUACAGGAUCUAUAGGGAGUUUGCCCGCUGGAAAGUGAACAGCUUGGCUCUAGAAAGAAAAGACUUCUUCAGCUUGCCUUUGCCUCUUGCCCCAGAGUUUGUGCGGAAUAUCCGCCUCCUUGGAAGGAGGCCCAACCUGCAACAGGUUACCGAAAACCUGAUCAAAAAGUACGGCACUCAUUUCUUACUUUCUGCCACCCUUGGAGGAGAAGAAUCUCUGACCAUUUUUGUGGACAAGCGGAAACUGGGCAGGAAGACAGAAUCAACAGGAGGUGGCCCUGCGGUUGGGGGCAGUGGGAACAGCUCUGCUGUGUCCCUGGAGACCCUGCAUCAGCUGGCAGCCUCCUACUUCAUUGACAGAGAGAGCACGUUGCGGCGGUUGCAUCACAUCCAGAUUGCCACGGGGGCCAUCAAGGUCACAGAAACCAGGACCGGUCCUUUGGGCUGCAGCAACUAUGACAAUCUAGACUCGGUCAGCUCUGUCCUGGUGCAGAGUCCAGAGAACAAAGUGCAGUUACUGGGCCUGCAGGUGCUGCUGCCUGAGUACCUGCGUGAGCGCUUUGUGGCCGCGGCACUCAGCUACAUCACGUGCAGCUCCGAGGGUGAGCUGGUCUGCAAGCAGAAUGACUGCUGGUGCAAGUGCAGCCCCACCUUCCCAGAGUGCAAUUGCCCUGAUGCUGACAUCCAGGCCAUGGAGGACAGCUUGGUGCAGAUCCAGGACUCCUGGGCCACACACAACCGGCAGUUUGAGGAGUCAGAAGAGUUCCAGGCCCUGCUGAAAAGGCUGCCUGAUGACCGGUUCCUGAAUUCCACAGCAAUCUCGCAGUUCUGGGCCAUGGAUGCUGGCCUCCAGCACCGCUACCAGCAGCUGGGAGCCAGCCUGAAAAUACUGUUCAAGAAGACACAUCGGAUCGUCCGCCGGCUCUUCAACCUCUGCAAACGCUGCCAUCGGCAGCCACGCUUCCGCCUGCCCAAGGAGAGGUCAUUGUCCUACUGGUGGAACCGAAUCCAGUCUCUCUUGUACUGUGGAGAAAGCACCUUCACUGGCACCUUCCUGGAACAGAGCCACAGCUGCACCUGCCCCUAUGACCAAUCGUCAUGCCAGGGCCUCAUCCCGUGUGCCUUGGGUGAAGGCCCUGCAUGUGCCCACUGUGCUCCAGAUAAUAGCACACGCUGUGGAAGCUGUAAUCCAGGCUAUGUGCUGGCCCAGGGCCUGUGCCGGCCAGAGGUGGCCGAGUCCCUGGAGAACUUUCUUGGGCUGGAGACAGACCUCCAGGAUCUGGAGCUGAAGUACCUGCUGCAGAAGAGGGACAGCCGCAUUGAGGUACAUUCCAUCUUUAUCAGCAAUGACAUGCGUCUGGGCAGCUGGUUUGACCCUUCCUGGAGGAAGCGCAUGCUCCUCACCUUGAAGAGCAACAAGUAUAAGCCUGGACUGGUGCAUGUGAUGUUGGCCUUGUCCCUGCAGAUCUGCCUCACCAAGAACAGCACCCUGGAGCCUGUCAUGGCCAUCUAUGUCAACCCCUUUGGGGGCAGCCACUCUGAGAGCUGGUUCAUGCCUGUAAAUGAGGGCAACUUCCCAGACUGGGAAAGGACUACUGUGGAUGCAGCUGCCCAGUGCCAAAACUGGACUAUCACCUUGGGAAACAGGUGGAAGACCUUCUUCGAGACAGUCCAUGUUUACCUACGGAGCCGAAUCAAGUCUUUGGAUGACAGCUCCAAUGAGACAAUCUACUAUGAACCCCUGGAGAUGACUGAUCCCUCCAAGAAUUUGGGCUAUAUGAAAAUCAACACCUUGCAGGUCUUUGGCUAUAGCCUGCCCUUUGACCCGGAUGCUAUCCGCGAUUUAAUUCUCCAGCUGGACUACCCAUAUACUCAAGGUUCCCAGGACUCUGCUCUCCUGCAGCUCAUUGAGCUGAGGGACCGAGUCAACCAGCUCUCUCCACCUGGCAAAGUCCGGCUUGAUCUCUUUUCCUGUUUGCUCCGGCAUCGGCUCAAGCUGGCCAACAAUGAGGUGGGCAGGAUCCAGUCCUCUUUGAGGGCAUUCAAUUUAAAAUUGCCGAAUCCUGUGGAGUAUGAGACAGGCAAACUCUGUAGCUAAUGAGGGCCUUGCCAUGCUGCCAGGCAGAGAGAUGGUCCACAAAUCCAGGGUGCAAAGAUAAUCCAAGCCCUUAACUUCGUGCCAACAGGGUGCUUCCAUGAGACUUCCAGCACCUAGGAUAUGGAACCUGGAGGCUUGGGCUGAAGUGGGCGGGAGAGAAAGAGACAGCCACUGCACACAUGCACACACACACAUGCACACUCACAGGAGGCUACGACUCAGCAGCCUCCGAACUGUAAAGUCGGUGCUUUCUAAAAACGAAUGCAGUUGAAGGAGAAGAGCCAAGGAAGAGAUAUCACAGAAGAACCAGCCAAAUCAUGAAGCAAACAAGCAAAAAUCCUUCAAAGUGAUUCUUGUCAUUGGAGAAAGCAAGAGGGGGAAAAAAAAAUGGGAGGGAUGGUGGUUCUUUCUCCCUCUGUGGAGUCACUUUUGUAUUCUUUUUAACCAGAUUUCUUAAAAUGUCCUUGUUCUGUGACUCCUGACAUCGGUUCUUACUUUUUGUAUGCUGCCUCCUUCGGGCCGUCACGGCCACAGGCUGACUGAUCCUGGAGCUGCUUCCUUAGGAAACACUAGACAGGCCAUCAACACAGGGGCAGAUGCUAAGGGCAGGCAGUAGCUUUCUCCUCGCACAGUCUCCUCCCCGCCCGGUCCCCUCACUUCCUUGACCUCCCUAGUUUCAGGGUCUUGACUCACUCCAAGCACCCCUUGUCCAUCCAGAGCUCCUCCCCAAAGCACCUGUUCUUUCCAAACGAGCAACUCUGUCAAGUUAGAGAGAGACAAUGUCUAGGGAAAUGGUCUUUUUUAAAAAAACAAAACAAAACAAAAAAUAUUUAUUUUGUGAUUAUUUUCCUUGUUAAUCUGCUCCAGCCACGUGAACAUCUGAGUAAAAGUUUAUCUGGUUUAAUAUAUAUAUUAAAGGCCUUUUUUAGAGGGAAAAUGAGAGAGAAAAGACAGUACAGUUUCUUGGGUAGGCUGGAUUUUUGAGUUAUGUGUUUGACACAGGGGCGUCUAUAGAUGAGAGAUAUUACUGCAUGGGAGGCUGUGUUGACUAGGAUGUGAAGGGUGGAGUGUGUGUGUGUGUGUGUGUGUGUGUGUGUGUGUGUGUGUGAGUGUGCAUGCCUAAGGGGGAGAGUGAGAGAGUGAGGCGGACCUCUUCUGGAGAGUGACGUCACUGCACCCACCCCAUUCUCGUCUCUUGUGUCUUGCUGAUGUGAGAACUAACACAGGUCCUAUAUCCAGGACUUCUCAUUAUUGAGAGUAGUUUGAGAAUUUUUUGCUCACAAAAGAACUACAGCCUCUGUGCUGGACAAACACCAGCUAAAGCGACUCUUCUUUGUGGGUACUGCCGUGGACAUCUGGAGAAUUCCCAUACUCUAUCCUAGGAUCUGGGCUCAGCCCUUGAGGAAACCAGAAAAGACAUAAAUGUAGCACUGGUUUCCUCCACUCUCUCUUCCACUUUCCCCACUAGAGUGGGGCUUUAACACACACUACAGAGAACGAUGCCUCUUUUCCCCUUAGUGCCUCCUCCCAGUGGCAUGAUAAUCACUUCAUAGCAUAUCGUCUGGAGAAUCGUCUCUCAGUCUAUGCUCCAUGUGUUCCAAGUACAGUGCAUAAAGCAUGACAACCCUAUUUUUAUUCAAGAGAAAGUCGCCAUAUAAAUACUAAGUAUCUCAUUUCAGUUGGUAUAAAAUAAAAUGGGAGACAACAAGAAGAUGGUCAUGUCUUCCUGCCCAGGAGUCUUUUACAUUUAUUGUUGUAUAUAAAAGAAUUUCACACUACUUUUAAUCAUUGUACCAUCGUUCAACCUACAAGAACCUGAAAUCCUUGGUAUAUAAACAGCCCAGGGCAUUUUCAUAACUUUUUUGAAAGGCAGAAAUCUAGUGAUGAGAUGAUUGAGGAGUGAAGAGAUACUGGGUGUUUAUUUCUUGUUCACGUCACUGAUUGCUUUGUGGAGUGUAUACCAUGCUCUUUUCCUGGGACAGAUGGAACCAGCAGAUGACAGCCCCAUCAAUGGGAACAUUGAGAUAUAUCAUAGAAUGGUACUUUGGGUGCAAUGGUGCUGAAAAUGCUAGGAAAGCUUGAAAGCCUUCUAGUGAUGGGAUUUGAGACUGGAGUCAGAUUUUAGCACUCCAAGUGAUCGUGUGUACAUGCUGUAGAAGUGGGUGGACAGAAAUAUUCACUCAUGAGUUAAGGCAUACUUCUUAUGUGCCAAAGUGUCAACUGCUAUGCGCAGCCAUAUUCAGAGUGGGAAGAUAGCAAUUCAGAAUGCACUGUGCACCAUUAGCCGAGAGGAGCCUCUGUGGCAUAAGCAUGAUUGCCCCACUGGGAUCGGAGUCAAUGCAUAUAUCCCACCUGGCCCAGUAACACAGUUUUUCUGAAGACUGGGAAAUCUGCACAUAUGUCUCUGCAUCAGAGACCAUACAGGUGUAGUCUGGGUGCUACUUCUCCCUACUUCAGAGAUAAGAGAUGCCUUGGGAAAAUAAUGGUGUGGUGUAUUAUAGUUUUAGUAAUAUGUACACUCAGCUACAGAGAUUUCUACUUUUUGUCUGCAGCAAGCUUAAAUUAUGAAGCUGAGUGCAUUGAAUCCGUCUAAAAAUACUACUGUACAUUGGUGUGUUUACGAGUGACUUUUUGAUCUCUCAUGAAAAUAAAUUGAUAGAAGGCCUAGACAUAUCAUUAAUUACAGGAAUUGGAGUCUUUAUGUUUCACCUACUCACCAGUUAUCUGGGGUUGACGAGUGACUCAUUUGUUCAGGAACGAAGAUGGGUGCCUGGUGGAGACCUGGUCAAAGCAGCAGACCAAAGAUUUGUUUCUAGCAGAUAGGUGGGAAGAAGGGGAAGUAAGGGAUGACCAGGGUUUCAAAAGACUAGAAGUAGAAGUUCAACGUAGAAUUUCCUCAUCAAAUUAUGGUUGAAGUUUUCACCUGUAAAUUCUAAAACAAUCAAAAGACAUGAGCUACCUAUUCUCAGACACAGUUACAAAUAAAGAAUUGUCAUUAAUUAGUA